AUAGCUGAUUUUAUUAAAUAUUACACGUAGUCUUUUAGUCGCUCUUCGCCAUCAUGAUGGAUUACGAUGGAGAAAAUAUCCCAAUUUGGAAUUUCCACAACCCUGCACAGACUAUUUAUUAUUCAACUGGAAUGAUCUCAUUUCCAAUGGGCAAUACUAGGAAUCGUAGCAUUACAGAACAGAUAGGAACCACUAACGAACAGCACCUUGAUCUACUGUUUCUUGGCUGUGGUGAUCUUAGAAAUGUUCUUUGUACAGUAUCCGAACUUUCACAAAGACGACCUCAUCACUGUCCCAAGAGUAUUGAUAUACACCUGAAUGACUACGACCCCACGAUAUUGCCUCGCAAUGCAAUAAUACUCGAUAUUAUCGGGUAUAUAAACCCUGAUAUACCUGAUGAUAUGGAUUUCUUGUGGAACGUCUCGUACAACAUGACUCUAUCCAAGUCUCAUGGCGACAGGCUACGACAAGUUAUCACAUCCUUGAUAAAUAUAGACCAGAAUGAUGAGAAUGGCAUAACACUGCGAUUCCAAGACUCCAGAACUGAACAGGAAUGCCUAAGUGUGUGGAAAGACUGGCUGGAACUCAACCUGGACGUGGAAACCGUCAAAGAAGAAAGACACGAAUUCAAUAUUAACCAGUUGGCAAGUCAUGAGGGUAUAUUGGAGCAUUUACUUGAGAAAGUAGGGCUAGCAAUCUGUUCUAAAUCAGAAUUUGUGAAGACGUCAAUGAGGUAUUGGCAACAAGAGGUUGAUCACUGGACCGAGAAAGCAUCAACAACUGAUGAUAGCGACUUUAUCAAUCCUACAUUGAUUUCUCCUUUUGAACAUAUCUGGAAAUUAAAUGUUAACUCCAGCCCCUUCGAGGGAUACAUGCCUUUUGAUCCUGGUGAUAUUAUGAGGCACAAAUCUUUGACAGCAGUUUGCAAAGAAACUCUCAAGAUGUGGGUGAAAAGAUUUCAAACCUUUAACAAGAAACACCCAGUGAAGAUUAGCUUAUGGGCCGGCGAUGCUUUGUGGUUGUGUACCAGCGGAUUACCAAGUGAAAUGCUGUUUGACGUCAUUGAUACAAGUAAUGUCAGUGAUUACGUUGGGUUGUUGAAUGUACUCAUCUGUUGUGGACCAAGACUGAAAAAAGAACGAGAAUCUAUGUUGCAUACAUCUAGUAUGACGCUUUGGUCAGGCAACUGCGAAAGCGUCGAAGACUACUACACCAAAAGUAUUGGAAUCAACACCAAUCUUUUACCAACAGUUCUUGGCUUACACCUUGCGGUGGAUUUUGACUUGGGAAACAGAAGACUUCCAGAUAACGGAGAACUUGCUGAGGCAAGUCUUCAUUGGGUUAAAGCAGAUACCAAGAGAAGCAUCCUUACACUAGAUAAAGAAAGUGAUAUCAUAACAGCAUUGUGGAACCUGACAAAACAAUGUUUUAAUCUCGUCAAAGAUCUUGAAGCUGCUGAUAUAUACGGCGCUCCACUAUCGUCACCCCUUACCCUACUCAGAAUAAUCCACCAGAUGAGUCCACUCGUACGAGGAGGAGCUGCCAGGAUUUUUUAUCUUCUUGAAAGCGAAGUGCCCUAUGACUUUUACCAGAAACAUGGUUUUACAUGGAAACUUUUAAAAUCAAUAGCAAUGCAAGAUGGUGAACCGAUAAUUGAAGUAGAAGUUCAAAUGAAGAUUACUGUCAAUCAAGUUGCACACAGUUGUUCCCAGAUCCCAAUGAUCGUAUUUUUGGACCAGAAAGAUAACGUACACCUAAAGAUUCUUUUGAAUCGUUUCGAGAAUUGCCCUGUGAUGUACAACACUAUUAGAUUCAACAUCAAAGAAGACACCGUCACUUUCCAUAUGCUUGAGAGGGACUGGGAAAUAAUUCAACCGAAUUUCCUGUUACAUAUUGCCCAAUAUCGAGGAUUGCAAACCUUCCGCUGUAAACCCGUCGAGCUCCGAAAUGAUGAAAAGAUUAGCGUCCAUCGUGUCGAUCCAGUAGCAACAUUUGGUCUAUUCGCUGUCCAGGAAUUCCAAGUUUGUGACGUACCGAGCCCGCUGUUAGAGAUAGUCAAAAUAGAAGAAGAUGACAAUUUAUAUAAAGCAGAACUUAAUAUUCUCGAUUCAGAGAAGUGCAACGCUAAAGACAUGUCAGUCGACUUCACUCCACAUUCGAGUCCAACCGAGGUCGACAUCUAUUUUUCGGGGGUCCGCGGAAGCAACUUGAGGUUCUCGUGCCCAGUCAGUGCAUCUUCGUCAAAUUUUCGGGUGUCUAAAAAGAAGAAUAAAGUAACUUGUGAGAUUGGAAAGGAUGGGAACAUGGUGUCAGGGGAAAUGACUUUGAUUAAUCCUGCACAAGUCCAGUUUCAUACCAUGACUCGAUGGGAUGCUGAAGCAGAUAAUCUUGAAUGGACUUGCUAUCAAAUGCUUCGCUCUAAGAGUGAUUUUCUAAUGGAACUAUCACUGACAGAUCAAAGAGGACCUCCGUUUUAUCGAUUACGAUGCAUCAUCACUGAAAUCUUAAAUGAACAUUUUAAAGGAAGCUCUAAGUUUCGUAGAAUGUUUUACAUUAACGCAGCCCGCACUGAACAAGAGAAUCCAGCGACAUCUGCAUGGAGAAAUACCUUUAUUUGUCCUCUCUAUCCAAGAGAAGGUCUUUUAAAUAAAAAACCUGAUAAUAUAUUUGAAGCGGCCUUGAGAAAAAAGUUUUUUUUUUAAAUAAUUGGCGAAAGCAGCACGCACGACAAUGACGGACAAGAUGACGAUACCGAAUCAUCCGAAACAGAUUCCAGUGAUCAAUUUCCUGAU